GCACAAGAAAUGCAUUGAGACCUGUGAGCAGACAGGAUGAUCUACAUCAUAAUGGGAGUUUCAGGCUGUGGAAAAACCAGUUUAGGGACGUCUCUCUCUGAAAAGCUUGGCUGGCCCUUCUAUGAAGGAGAUAACUUCCACCCUCAAGAGAACAUUGAUAAGAUGGCUCGAGGUGAACCUCUCACAGAUCAGGACAGAUUUCCUUGGCUUCUAAGACUACAUGAAAUCAUUGAGAGAGAAAGGUGUUCCGGCUCAGAUGCUCUCAUAGCCUGUUCAGCUCUGAAGCGUCUCUACAGGCACAUCCUCCUCCAUGGCUCGAUGUCCGGGGCUCCAACUAUUUGCUCACACCAAACCACCUCACAUUCAGCCUCUCCAGAGGUCUUCUUCCUGUACCUGCACGGUGACUAUGAUCUCAUUCACCAGAGGAUGGUGGCCCGACAGGGACAUUACAUGAAGGCAGAACUGUUGCGCUCCCAGUUUGAUAUUUUGGAGCCUCCAUCAGAGGAGGAGAACAUGCUAACCCUGGACAUUCGGAAGAGCCUGAGUGAGAUGAUCCUGGAGGUUGAGAAGCACAUUGAAAGCCUGAAGCUGUGAUGCUGGAAUCACUGCAGCAGUUAAAAAAAUAAACCUGACUUUAUCUGUAUAGCAUUGAAAAGACCAUUCAACCCAGAUGUCAUACAUAUCCCUACACAUCAAUGAUAAACAUAUCAUUUGCUAAAUUGCAAUGCCUUUUUUUUGAUAAUCUUGUUUGUUCCCUUAACCUUUAAGUAAGUUAACCUUAACCUUUGAAUAAGUUUUUAUUUGAAAAUGUAAUUUCUGUUUUGAAUGCUUGGUAUUGGUGUGCAUGGUUUUCUACUCAAACUUUUUGUUGGGUUCCAUUGGCUGAUAAAAGUUUACCAAAUUGCUAAGAACAUUCCCAUAAGCUUAUUGAGAAUUAAAGUAUACAAUACAAUAAAAAAAAAAAAGGUUUAAACUUCUUUUUUUUACACUGAAAUAUGAAGUGUUUAGCAAUUAGCAAAAGUUCAGGAUUAAAACACCAGCUUACAACUAUAACUAUACCUUUAGCUUUCUUCCCUUUAGCAUCACACAUUCUAUAAAAGCACACUGAGUGGAUUUGUCAAGAUCUAACCAGAAAAUAUGAUCAUUCUUCUUUUAAUUCCUGUUGAUAUAAAAACAUCUAGCAGCAACGUAUCUAGCCGCCAGGUUAACAAACCUAUUAUGAAAAAAAGGAGCAAGUUAGAUUCAGCUGAGCUUCAACCCAAAUGCACUACGUCUGAACAAAAUAACAGAUUUAAACCUUUUAGGGAGCUAGAAAUAAGGACGACGCUGGCCUUCAAUAUUAGGAGCUCACCAUCCAAGAUUAAUCGUCAAAAUACUGUUGAAGACAUGCAGGAAGCUGCUCAGCAGUUAUAAGAAGGAUUUGAUGUAAUGCAAUUAAAUAUUAUUCGAAUUGUGAUUUAGAAUGGAUAUAAAGAAUUGUCAUCAUGCUACUUUUUUAUUUAAUGUAGUUGAAAAACAGAUGAUAUUUUAAACUAAUGGUCCCUGCAUGAUGAUUGAUUAUGCUUUGAAAGAUGUUCAUUUCCUGCAGGAAGCAAACUGUGAGGUUACAUGAAAAUAAGUGUUACAUCUUGUUUAACUGCAGGAAUUAAGAGUUUUGCUCAACAUUGUGUUGAAGCAUCUCAGGCAGCAGUUCCAGCCUCAGGCAUCUCUUUGCAAUUGGGCUCACCUCUUUUAAAGGAUUUUGCAGCCAUUCUUCUAAAGCUCAGUCAGCUUUAGAAAGAACUGCUCUCCCCAGAGGAGCAGAUUAUCUUUAUUCUAGUAUCGCCUACAAGUUAGCUCCUAAUUUGUGCCCAUUUUAAAUUGAAACUUAGAAAUGAAUCCUUGUAGUUUUGUUUAACAUCCUGAUGUAAUCUUGGAUAUUAUUCUCCUUCAGCCUGAAAUAAGAAAUCUAUGUUUCUGUUAACAGACUGCAAAUAACCUCAGUACCUGUUUGGUGGAGUUAAAACCUGCAUAAGUUUGAGUUAAGAUUAAUUGUAUGUUUCUACCUUCUAAGCUGCAGCCUGUGUGCUUGUUUGAAACACUGAUCCUCUUGGAAACAUAAAAAAGGGCCUAAAUUCUUGAGCGGAGCUUUAAUGUUCUUAGAUGUUUUAAUGUGAUUAUUUUUAAUCAUCUUGUUCAUUAUAAUGGGGAAAGUCUCACCAUUAAGAAUCAUUGCAGAUAAUUAUAUUUUGGUAUGUGCUAGAUUUUUUUUACACUAGCACAAAACAACAUCCAUAAAUACUUGAAUGUAAUUUAAAGUAUUUAUUGGUUUGGUUUGGGGAUAUAUUUUUCAGUUGAUUGAAAUAAAUCUUAAAUAC